GGCAGCAAUCCGCUCAGCGCGCGGCCGAAUUAAACACAGACCUCCGCGUUUCACCUCAUUAUCCCUCCUCCAUCUCUGCUCCGAGGAGCAUCCGAGGCGCCAACCUCCGACGGUUCAACUCCUCCCGCCGCCCUGCUCGCUUCUCCUCUUCUCUCCCACCCCUCACCCCCAACUGGAAAUAACAUUAAUAAUAUCGUCUUCAGCGCACGGGCGAGCUUCUUCUUUACCUUUGUUGUUGUUUUGGUUGUUUUCCACCGAGGACAGCAAGCCUCCACUUCACAGCAGACAUGUGUGCGAGACAAUGCCGGCAAUUUACGACUCUCGUCGCGGCUCUGGCUCUGGCUGCUGCCGUCGCUGAAAUCCGCGGACCAGGUCCGAGGGAAAUGCACAGCAUCAGUAAAAAGACAUUAGACCAAGACAGAAACCUUUUCACACAUGUACCAACACAGGACUCAGAAAAUGAAGCUCAUUCUGUCACCACUGUUUCACCAAUGAACAUGCCCAACCACCAACCUAUCUUAAAGGGCUUCCACCUCCACGAGCACCUACUUACACGGGACUUCCAGGGCGACCAACGUUUCUUUUGGAAGGAUGGCUCCGUAGCUGCGCAUCCAACCAUGCCAGGGUCUGUGUCUGCUCCAAAUGCAGGAGAUGCUUUGACUCAAGUUGUGCCACAUGAGGAUGCUCCAGCCUUCUCGGACAUUGCCACGACUGCCACUGCGGCUGCCACCUCCCCACUAACCAUGUAUUCUCACACCACACCCGCAUCACCCAUCUCUCUGCCCCAGAAGAAGUCUGCCAAGGAGAAGACCAAGGCGUCAGACAAAGUUGAGCCAACAACAUACUCCCUGACUACUCAAGUGACGCCGUAUAGUCGAGGCAACCCAGUGGCUUCCUUAUCCUCGCAAGGCAGAGGCGUACCUAUGGAUGCUACUUUUACUUCAACAGUGAUGGAAAAGGGACAAGUGAGGGAAGUAGCUGUAAAAAACAAAAGCAGCUCUGAUCAUCUACGCUCCAAGUUUCCUUCAUCGUCUCAGGAACAAGGUACCAGCACAGAAUCAUCAACUGUCAUCACGACUACCACCAUCCCCACCAUGCAAACAUCAGAGCCAUGCGGAAUGAAUUUCACCGAGUCGGAAGGUAGCAUUGAAAUCCUACAGCCACUUGACUCUGGUGUGGAGUGCAGUUACUUGAUAACCGUCUACCUGGGAUAUGGCAUAGAGGUUCAGGUGCUGAACGUCAGUGUGAUGGAGGGGGAGCAGGUGACGGUGGAGGACACAGGUGGUCAAGAACCUCUCAUCCUGGCCAACGAGUCAGUCUUGAUGAGGGGCCUUGUUCUGCGCAGCUGGAGCAACCAGAUCUCGAUCCGUUUCCGAAGCAAUCAGCGACUGAAUUCAGGAUUCCUCCUCCUGCUGCGUUAUCAAGCUUUUGUGCUCAGCUGUGCGUUUCCCAAAGAGCCGGCUGGUGGAGAAGUUUCAGUAACGCAUCUCCACGCUGGCGGAGAAGCCUUCUUUAGAUGCUUCACUGGAUACAAGCUGCAAGGUCCUAAAAUGCUCAUGUGUCGCAAUGCAACUACACCUUACUGGAGCGGGAAAGAGCCCAUAUGUGUUGCGUCCUGUGGAGGGAUGAUAAAAAAUGCCACCACUGGUCGUAUUGUCUCUCCUGGUUUUCCCGGCAAUUACAGCAACAAUCUGACCUGCCACUGGGUGCUGGAAGCCCCUGAGGGCUACCGGCUUCACAUUCAUUUUGAGAAGGUUGCUUUGGCAGAAGAUGAUGACAGAUUGUUGAUAAAAAAUGGCAACAACAUAGAUUCUCCUCCCAUCUACGACUCCUACGAGGUUGAAUACUUGCCAAAUGAAGGACUGCUUAGUACUGGACGUUACCUGUUUGUAGAGUUUACCACAGAUGGGACAAUGACUUCCACUGGUGUAGCCAUCCGAUAUGAAGCCUUUGCAAAAGGGAUGUGCUAUGAACCUUUUGUGAAGUAUGGCAACUUCAGCAGCAGCGACUCCACCUAUCGCAUGGGAGCUGUGGUUGAAUUCUCAUGUGACCCUGGCUACACGCUGGAGCAAGGCUCUGUAGUGAUUGAGUGUGUAGAUUCACAAAACCCACAGUGGAAUGAGACAGAGCCAGCCUGCAGAGCUGUGUGCAGUGGAGAGAUCACCGACUCUGCUGGUGUGGUGCUGUCUCCUAAUUGGCCCGAGGCCUACGACAAGGGGCAGGACUGCAUCUGGGGUAUCCAUGUGGAAGAGGACAAGAGGAUCAUGCUUGACAUUCAAGUGCUCAAUCUGGGUAAGAAUGACCAGCUGACGUUCUACGACGGCGACGACCUGACGGCCAACAUCCUGGGUCAGUACAGCGGCACACGGCCCCACUUCAAGCUCUACACCUCAAUGGCUGACGUGACCAUCCAGUUCCAGUCUGAUCCUGCCACCAACAUUUACGGUUACAACAAUGGAUUUGUGGUUCAUUUCUUCGAGGUGCCAAGAAAUGACACUUGCCCAGAACUACCGGAGAUCCCCAACGGAUGGAAGAGCACGUCCCACCCCGACCUGAUCCACGGCACCGUCGUCACAUACCAGUGCUACCCUGGGUUCACGCUGGUGGGCUCCGAGAUCCUCAUGUGCCAGUGGGAUCUCAGUUGGAGCGGUGAUGUUCCAAAGUGUGAUGAAGUUCUGACAUGUCGAGAUCCUGGAAACGUGGAGCACAGUCGCAAAGUAAUCACAGGCAGCCGCUUCUCCGCUGGGUCAACAGUCCAGUUCGUCUGCAACAAAGGCUACGUCCUCUCUGGCUCCAGUAUCCUCACCUGCUACAACCGAGACACCGCCACGCCCAAAUGGAGCGACAGGCUGCCCAAGUGUGUCCCUGAAAAGUACGAGCCGUGCCGAAACCCCGGCGCAGCCUCCACCAGCACGCAGAGCUCUGAAAAGGCCUUUUACCAAGCGGGAGAGACGUUAACGUUCUCCUGCCACACGGGCUACGAGCUGCAGGGAGGGGCCACCAUCUACUGUGUCCCUGGACACCCGUCGCAGUGGAACAGCACCCCUCCUGCCUGCAAAGCAUCCUCAGCGCAGUAUGUGAAUGAGCGCAGGCUUGAUGUUCUUAAUAUGGAUUACAGCAUGGAGGGAACCAAUAUCACUCUUGCAGUUUUUAUUCCAACCGCCAUAAUCCUGGUGGUUGUUUUGGGGAUUUACGUCUACUUUGCAAAACUUCAAGGAAAGUCUAUCCGCAUGCCGACGUCCUCGCCCCCGUACGACAACAUGACAGAAGAGUCGGCGUUUGACAACCCCGUCUAUGAGAGCGGAGUAAGUACAGAUGUCAUGAGCAUGCAAGAUGUUGAGUCACAGGACACCAGUGUGCUGUCGUGA